CCCUAAGGGGAGUUGCGCUGUGGCCUCCCGGGCCGAGGUGGGCCUGCUCACUGGAAGAUCGCACCACAGCCAUGAGUAGUAACGAUUCCUUCACGUGUGGACGCGCUGGCUACUCGGCCCGGGGAUGCCCUAGAGGAGGAGCUGGAGGGAGAGGAGGUAGAGGCCAUGGCAGAGGUUCUCAAUGCAGUUCCACGUCCCUAUCAUACACCUGUUACCGCUGCGGUGAGUCUGGUCAUCAAGCUAAGAACUGUGUCCUCGGAAACAUCUGCUACAACUGUGGGAGAAGCGGCCACAUCGCCAAAGACUGUAACGAACCUAAACGAGAGAGAGACCAAUGCUGUUAUACCUGCGGCAGACCAGGACAUCUGGCUUGUGACUGUGAUCGUCAGAAAGAGCAGAAAUGCUAUGCUUGCGGCCAACUUGGGCACAUUCAGAAAGACUGCGCCAAGGUCAAGUGCUACAGAUGUGGCGAGACCGGCCACAUGGCCAUCAGUUGCAGCAAGGCGAUCCAAGUCAACUGCUACCGCUGUGGCAAACCCGGACACCUAGCCAGGGAAUGUCCUAGUGAGGCUACUGCUUAAAUCUUUUCCCUUUGUCAUCUUCACCCCCUCCUUUUGCUGACUGAUGAUUUUAUUAUUUUCUCUGAAACCAUCACUGACCAAAAGGUUGAUUGAGAUUGAGGGUACUUUCAGGCACGUGAGCUUUAAUUACCAUGUUAAAGGAGAAAAGAGCUAGAAAAAAAAAAAAAAAACCUCAGAAAAGUUAAUCAUUUGUAUAUGCCCCACAGUUAAUGUGUUGCUUCUACCCCACAGGCAACUCUAGUUAUUGAGUAGUCAUUCUGGGCACUAAUCA